CAAUAACUACCCCUAAUCGAGACUCCCGGCAGAAGUCCCGCGGGAGUCCCGUGGAACUCCAUCGGGACUCCCGCGGGAGUUUUUUUCUCAAAAAGUCCAUAGAGAGUCCUGCAGGACUCCACAAAAAUUCCCGUGGGAGUCCCAUACACAAAAAAUUGUAUUUUUUAUUGAGACUCCAAAAACAUGUUUCGAGAAUUUUUAUUAGGUUCGAGAGUUUUAUAUUAACUAUAAGAGUAUUAAAUAUAAGUAAUUUUAGUAUUAAAUAUAAGAGAAGGCGAUAGUCAAACAACUGCUGAUUGUUCAUUAUGCAAAGAAAUUGUGAAACAUAAAGUUGGUGUAACAUCUAAUUAUUCUCGCGACAUGCAACGACGUCAUUUAAAAGAAUUUACAUGUUGGACAGAAUCGUUAAAACCAAAUAAUAAUGACAAUUUACUGCAACUAAAAAUAACUGAUGCAUUAGUUAAUAAAGAUUCAAAAUAUAUAUUUUAA